AUGAACCUCCUCCCAAUACUCCUGCUCUACCUCACCACCCUCCUUCCCUUCACAACCGCCUUAUCCCCCACCACUCUCCAAAACUGCCACACCCUCGAGCGCCUCAACAAUACCAUCCAGCGCGUAUCCCCCCUCCUCGAUAGACUCAGCACCCCCGCAUCAACAAACAACCUCCACUCCAUUAAAGCCCUUCUCGCGUCAUCCCACGAAAAAGUCCACAGCCGGUUAAGCAACUGUUCAGAUGCAUCUGUAUCUAUGCCUACGAGGAGCGCGUUAGAGCAGAACGCAAAAAGAGCUGAUGACGGGGAGUGCAGUUUGAUUGACGUGUUAGAUCAAUUGGUGGAUACUCUCGAAUGCGUGGUUAGUUUUGCGACGGGUUUGUUGGGGACGAUUCUAGAUGGGGUUUUUGGUCUUUUGGAGGGGGUUGUUAGGGUUGUUGAGAGGUUGUUGGAUUAA